AUGACUACGUCCUCUUUCGAGACCCCCCAACCAUCCCCCAGACCCUCUCUAGACGAGGGGGGUCGAAUGCUACAACAUCACCCGGAGCCCCAAUCACCAUUUAGACUUGACGAGGAGCUUCAUUUCGACUUUCCACCUGUUCCUUUAUCUGCAUCUGCCCACAAGACGCAUUUUACACACCUUCCACACGAUAACAGUAACUCUACGGGAAUUGCUUUGCCAAGACCGCGUGUUGGAGGCUCAGGUGAGCACGGCUGGGAAAGGGGUGGAGACCAACCAUUGUCGAAACAAGUAAAGAGGAGGAUGAUGGAGCAGGAUAUUGCAACGAGGGAAUCUUUUGAGAAUUUACCUGGAGCCGACCGGCUGGCAAAGCAAAAGAGCAUGGAACGGGGAAUACUGGUGGGGUUACCUCCUCCGGGAAAAUCACCUCAAGGCAAGAGGGCAGCAAGCAACGGUGAAAGAAGAGCUGGGCCUGGCCGAAGGACACCUCCGAUUAUUGGGCCCCCGCCGCCUGGUUUGAGGAUGCCGUUGGCAUUUAAUUCUAUUGCUAGAGAGCGGGGGUUCUCUACCGGUUCCCAUACCCCGGGUCCGAAUGAGUUUCCUCCGAUACAGCCUCACCCUCGACAUCCGUCAACUCCACGCGGUCCAUACCCCUCAAGCUCUGCCCCAGAUCUGUACGGUAUAAAUAACAGUGAGAACCGACAUUAUCCCCAUCGGAGAGACCCACGGAGCACGCCGAGAUCUCACCCGUUUUCUCCUCCGCACGCGCCGUACAGUAAUGACACUAGUGCUGUGUCGAGUGCCAACACCUCGCCUCACAGCUCUAUCGGGCCUUUAGGCGCCGUCGACGAGAUGCGCGGUUCGUUCCGAUCGGCACUCUUUACCGACGACUUUCACCGUUCAAGCACACCAACAAGUAUAUCAGAGCGGACUGAAGACAGCCAUGCUAUGACAGUUGACGAAGCUAUUGGUAUGUACGGCAGCGACACAGACGAAGAAUCGAUUAUGCGGGAAGCGCGAGACGAAGAAUACAGAGAAGAGGAGAACAGAAGAAGCAAGGGCGACUCGGUACUUGGCGGUGCGACCUCAAGACACAACUCAGUGUCGGACGGACUGAGUGCGAGGGGAAGUCACGGCGAUUCGUUGAUGAGCGGAGUUUCUAGGCAAGGAAGUUUCGAAAACAUCGAACGAGUUAGGAGUAAGGGUGAUUCAGUGCUAGGAGGAGAAGUUUCGCCCAGGACAAGGUCGAGGUUAUCGGAGAGCGAGAUGGCGCUCCAUGAGCCGGAUUCUCCGCGCCAGAGUGCGGAUUUUGUAGAAGUUGAAAAGAUGGAAGUACUAUGUGUUGACAGCCAGUUGGAUGUUGAAGAACAAAGUCGCCGAAGUGGUACCGAAGAAGAUAGAAUGGUCUCAGAAGAGGAAGAUGCGCACUCAGAACCCCUGGCAACAAGUGAGGUACUGGACACCAUCCCUAGAUCACCCGAGAUGUCGCCAGCAUUCAAGCCCCAGUCGUUACCCGAAGUCCCACCACCUGCAAUCCAAAUGCCUUCAAAGAAUCCAACAGUUGCCAUCAACCAAUCACCCAAAGAUCCUCGUGAUCGUUACGGAUUCCGAAAGCAAACACAAUACGUUACUCUCGCAGAAUACGAGGAAUGGAACGCGCGUUAUGAGGAGACUUUGGACAGGCGAAGAAAGAAGUGGGAAGUACUGCUGAGAGAGUCUGGGUUAUCAUAUGGAGAGGGAGGACCUGUCAGAUUUCCGCCAAAGUCCAACAAGGUCAAGCGAUACAUCCGCAAGGGUAUCCCCCCAGAGUGGAGAGGUGCAGCUUGGUUUUGGUAUGCCGGUGGUCAGAAAGUGUUGAGUAAAAAUGCUGGCCUUUAUGAAGAAUUGGUAAACAAAGGAUUGGACUCCCCGGAUUCGGAGCUCAUCGAAAGAGAUCUUCAUCGCACUUUCCCCGAUAAUAUCAAGUUCAAGCCCGACCCACCGCCAGGUGCAAAAAGGUUGUCAAAAGUACAGCAACAACAGCUAGAGACGCCAAUUGUUCAACAGUUAAGGCGUGUCUUGGUAGCGUUUUCACGAUAUGUUCCAAAGAUUGGGUACUGUCAGAGUUUGAACUUUUUGGCCGGAAUGUUACUUCUGUUCAUGACUGAAGAGAAAGCAUUUUGGAUGCUGUGGAUUCUCACCCACCAGCAUCUUCCUGGAACCCAUGAAGUUAACCUUGAGGGAUCAAGCGUUGAUCAAUGGGUUCUCAUGAUGAGUGUAAGAGAAAGCUUGCCUCAGAUUUGGAGUAAGAUUGGUGGUGAGCUGGACGGGAGUGAUUUUGAUCCAACUUCAACAAAGCUACCACCUAUCACACUGUGCACAUCUUCAUGGUUCAUGAGCGGGUUCAUUGGGUCUUUGCCUACAGAGAGUGUUCUGAGAGUUUGGGAUUGCUUUGAAGGAUCAAAAACCCUCUUCAGAAUAGCUCUAGCGGUAUUCAAAACCGGCGAACCCCAAAUCAAGGCUGUCAGCGACCCCAUGGAGAUCUUCCAGGUUGUUCAGACUAUCCCAAGGAAAAUUAUCGAUGCUGGUGCCCUGAUUGAGGGAUGCUACAGACGUCGAAAUGGAUUCGGUCAUAUCAGCCAGGAGACAAUCGACCUUAGACGGCAAGAUAGAAGGGACACAUUUGCGGCAGAAAGGGCUGCUAUCGCGAAGGGAGGCGUUAGAGCCUCAAAAGACGAUGCAUCUAUGAGAACUGGUCUUGGACACGUAAAUAACGGUCUCGGUGCUCACGGAGGUCAUGACAUUGGCAGGAGAUUCAAGAAGAUCUUGGUCAAAGCAUAG